UCUUCAUAAUUCCCUAUUCACAAAACACCAUUUUGUUUUUGUUUGAUUUUGGAGAAUGGGAAAAAGAAGUUUGGGUUUCCUUUUUUGCCCUCUACUAAUUUUCAUUCUCUUUGCUGCCUCUGUUUCUUCUGCAGUUCUUCCUCCUCCUCUCUAUCUUGAUGGUCUUGUCCCAAAUGGUGACUUUGAAGAGUCACCACCCAAAUCAAAGCUAAACAAAACAGUGAUCAUAGGCAAAUUUUCACUACCAAAAUGGGAAAUCAAUGGCUUGGUCGAAUACGUGUCGGGUGGGCCCCAGCCGGGUGGGUUCUACCUACCGAUCCCCCGUGGGGCCCAUGCGGUGAGGUUGGGGAACGAGGCCUUGAUCUCACAGGCAGUGAGGUUAAGACGGGGCUCGGUCUAUACGGCGACGUUUGGGGUGACCAGGACUUGUGCCCAGGACGAGGUGCUGAGGGUGGUAGCUGGGGCUCAGUCAGCAGACCUUUCCAUUCAAACGCUCUAUAGCAAUGGGGGUGACACUUAUGCCUUCUCCUUUAGGGCUAAUAGAAAUGUUGUCAAAAUUACCUUUCAUAACCCUGGUGUUCAAGAGGACCCCACUUGUGGGCCCCUCUUGGAUCUCGUCUUUAUCAAGCAGAUGCCACCUGUGCGUCCCGUUCCAGGAAACCUAGCGUUAAAUGGAAACUUUGAAUAUGGUCCUCAUGUGAUAAACAACUUCUCCAAUGGAGUCCUCCUCCCUCCAAAGCAAUUUGAUCACAUCUCCCCACUCCCAGGCUGGAUCAUUGAGUCUCUCAAGCCUGUAAAAUACAUUGACAGAAGGCAUUUCUUUGUCCCUUCAGGGAAUGCAGCCAUUGAAUUGGUUUCAGGCAGAGAAAGUGCCAUUGCCCAAAUAAUCCCAACAGUUCCCAAAAAAUUCUACAUUCUCACCUUCACCAUUGGAGAUGCUAGAAAUGGCUGCCAUGGCUCCAUGGAUGUCCAAGCUUUUGCUGCCCAACAAACCAUCAAAGUUCCUUUCAUUUCUAUAGGGCUUGGAAGGUCCAAAACUGCAAGUUUCAAGUUCCAAGCAGUUGCAGUUAGCACAAGGAUUACAUUUUACAGUUCUUAUUAUCACACCAAGCUUCAUGACUUUGGCCAUUUGUGUGGCCCUGUCUUGGACAAUGUUAUAGUUGUUCCAGCCUAGCUAGAUAUUGGUACCAAAAUAUGAUGCUUACUUUAAGCCUGCCAAAAGAUAGUCAUAUGAAAGAGUUGUUUGGAACCAAAAGUUAGUGAAAAAACAUGUUUGGUUAA